AUGGCCGGUGACGAGAAAUCGGCGCCUCCGGCGAUAGACGAGGAGCGAAGCCUGUCGCCUAAUGAUCUUAUCAACACCUCAGGCCAUGUUCAGGAACUCGAUCGGAACUUUGGAUUCUGGUCUAUAUGCAGCAUAGCACUCAUCAGCGACGAUGCUUGGGCUGCUGGUGGAGGAGCACUCGUUUUGGCACUUUACAAUGGUGGAGGUCCCGGUGUGAUGUACGGGCUCAUUGCGGCGACGUUCUUCUACGCCUUCAUAUGUGCUGGUCUCGCCGAGCUGGCGUCCGCAAUGCCUACAUCAGCAAACGUCUAUCACUGGGCAUCGAUAACUCCGGGACCACGCUAUGGCCGUGUAUUCUCCUGGUUCGCAGGCUGGUGGAACUGUGUAGCAUGGAUCUUUGGAGCGGCAUCUACGUCUCUCUUCGCAGCCAACGGAAUCAUCGCCAUGUACACGGUCUACCACCCAGCUUUCGUUCCAGAACGAUGGCAAAUCUUCAUCGCAUAUCUGGGCAUCAUCUGGAUUGACACAGCGAUCGUCUGCUUCGGACAGAAGUAUCUGGCCAUUUUCUCGAACGUCAGUGGCGUUGCAUGUCUCACGAUACUGUUUGUCGUGAUCAUAGUGUGCGCCAUCAUGCCUUCUCAAACCGGCGCUGGAUACGCCAGCAAUGCAUUCGUCUGGACUGAGUGGCAGAACCUCACGGGCUGGUCGAGCGAUGGUCUGGUCUUCUUGAUGGGCAUGCUGAAUGGUGCAUACGCUAUUGGCACUCCCGACGCAGUCUGUCAUCUCUGCGAAGAGUUGCCCAAGCCGAGAGUCAAUAUUCCCAAAGGUAUCGCCGCACAGCUCACGGGAGGAUUUCUCGCAACGUUCGUUUUCUACGUGACUAUCCUUUACGGCGUGACAUCUCUGGACGACGUCUACGCCACCAACAUAACCUCCCUCCCCCUCGGCGCCAUGUUCCAACAAUGCGUCCGCUCCAACGCCGGCACGUUCGCCCUCCUCUUCCUCUUCACAUUCAACAUCAUCGUCACCGUCCCCGGCGCCUGGAUCGCCGCCGGCCGCAUGCUCUGGACACUUGGCCGCGACGAAGCGACUCCCUUUCCAAAAUUCGUACGCCACAUAUCACCCACCUGGAGAAACCCAUUUAACGCCCAGAUCAUCUGCUGUGUCGGCGGUACGAUCCUCGGAUGCAUCUACAUCGGCUCCGCGUCGGCUUUCAAUGCAUUCGUGGCGAGUUUCACGGUCUUUACAACCAUGUCUUACUGUGCGGCGAUCCUGCCACAUAUUAUCACCGGCAGGAAGUACGUCACGCCAGGACCGUUCUGGAUGAAAGGCAUAGUCGGAUACCUCGUCAUGGGGACCGCAUGCGCAUACAUCCUGGUGUUCAACGUCCUGUACAUGUUCCCUUACAGCUACCCGGUCGCGAACGCCCAAGCAAUGAACUGGACAAGUGUGAUGUUCGCAGGUAUCACGGCCUUGCUGGCUUUGGGAUAUCUCUGGAAGAGGAGUCGUGGAUACGUUGGUCCUAAGGUGGUGAUGGAUGCGCACGACGAUAUCAUGAGAGGAACGAUUGGGUUGGACGAAGAAGUCGCCAGGAGGAGGAAAGAGGCCGGAAGAGGUCCCUGA